UUUACGUCACCAAGUCACGUGAUCACAACACUGCUUUUACCGCGAAUCUCGUCCUGUCUGCAGACUGACACUUUUUCACAGCAAAAUAACGGACAAAGUUCUGCUCUUGUUCCGGUCCCUCUGACCCAGGAUGUUCUGUGAGAAAAGCAUGGAGCUGAUCCGAGAGCUGCAGCGGAACAGCGACGGACAGCUGCCGGCUUUUAACGAAGAUGGUCUGCGGCAGGUUCUGCAGGAGAUGGAGGCUCUGUUUGAACAGAACCAGGCAGACGUGAAUGAAGCCAAAUCAGCUGCUCGCUCGGACCUCAUCCCCUCCAUCAAACUGCGUCACUGCUGCCUGCAGAGGAACCAGCGCUGCGUCAUGGCCUACCUGUACGACCGGCUGCUGAGGAUAAGAGCGGUGCGAUGGGAGUAUGGCAGCGUGCUGCCUGCCAAUGUUCGCUUCCAUAUGUCUGCUGAGGAAGUACAGUGGUUCAGUCAGUAUAAAAAGUCUCUGGCCUCCUUCAUGCGCUCCCUCGGUGGGGGGGCUGGGCUUGACAUCACACAGGACAUGAAGCCCCCCAAGAGUCUUUACAUCCAGGUGAAGUGUCUGAAAGAUCACGGGAACUUUGAGAUUGAUGAUGGAACAGUGAUCCUGCUGAAGAAGAACAGCCAGCACUUCCUGCCACGGUGGAAAUGUGAGCAGCUGAUUCGUCAGGGCGUCCUAGAGCACGUGGUGUCCUGAUGGGAGGCCGGACUUCUGCACACCUCAGCAGUCAUAAUGUUUAAUGUCUGGACAAAUAAAGUUUUCUUACUCUA